GCUUGUUCGCAAGGAUCAGCUGAAAUACUUGCUGACGCACAAGCUUAGCCAAGAUCACGCCGAAAACUUCUUCGGGUCCAUACGUGCACGAGGUGGUCAUAACAACAACCCAACCGCUGCGCAGUUCAUGGCUGCAUACAAGCGUCUGUUGGUUCAGACAGAAGUGACUUCAUCAAGCUCUGGAAACUGCUCCCAAGACAUAGUCUCAAUUCUAAAUCCAACAACUACAGGAGCUUUGGUAGGUGAAAGCAGCAUGCUUACUGAUAUGCGCAGGUCAUCAAUCCUGCAGGCCGACGACCACAACUAUACCCAUCACAUUGACUGCCCAGAAAGCCUGUCAGCUUUUGUCGGUGCUGUAGUGCCGUACAUUGCAGGUUUCGUCGUUAAGAAAGUUCGUUCAACGGUAACAUGUGAACUGUGCAUCGCAGCCCUGCACUCGGAUGAACUGGCACCUUUAAUUAGGCAAAAGAGCCGAGGUGGACUUAUUUCACCGUCACAAGACGUCGUUGGCCUGUGUGAAGCAGUUGAAAAGGGGCUGCGACGGCUACAGGCAGAAUAUGAUACUAUUAAAAUGGUGACGGUAAGAUCAAAACACCUCAUCCUUGAAGUCCUGGGCACCUGCACAGAGAAAAACUGGUUCCAGAAACUGGAGGACCACAUCCUUGAUCUUGAUCCACUUGAUAACCAUAUUUAUAUCUUGUGCAAAAAAAUCGCUGAAGAAUAUAUAAAAGUGAGAAUACACCACAUGACGAAAGAACGAAACCGUGAACUGAUCAAAAACAAAGUGAGACCACUUUUGUCGAGGGUGAUUAUUUUCAAUCACCAGUAGGGUGUCUGUCAUGGUGUUCUUGACUGUAUGUCAAAUUUUCUCCUUAAUAUCUGCUCAU